AUGGCGCGUCGCGAGAGGAUUUUCCUUGAUGGCUUUACGGCGAUUCCUGAGCUGAACGGGGUGUACGUCCAGGGUGACCCAAAGGUCAUCAUAGGAGACCGCCCAGUGUAUUGGAAGGACAACCACUUCUUCCUUUACCACAACGCGCAGCUUCGCAGGUAUCACCUGUCGCCCCGACGGGAUGGCGACGGCACAGACCUUUUUGGUCAUGCUUAUCAGUUUCAACAGCGUGGCGUGGCUGUGUCAACUGACACGCCCACCGUGUGGAGAGAGGCACGGCCUGAUGGCAGCUGGAAAACCAUCCUCGUAAAGACACGCAUCGACUCAGGAGAUGGACGAUGGGCGCCUGUGGAGCCCCCACCAGAGCUUCUCCAUCAGUUUGCUGAAAGCGUGGCAGCGGCUAGAGCACGCCAGCAGGAGCAAGAGCUCCUUGCACAACAGCAAGCUGAGCAAAAGAGGCUCUUGGAAGCCGAACGGGACAAAGAGCGUGAGGCAGCACGACAGAAGACCUUUGCCGAGUGGCGAGAUCAUGGGCCGCCCCCAGUGAACGGCUUGAAGCCCAAGAUUGAGGAAGGAAAGGUCCGAAAGGAAACCUUGAAGCGAAAGAAGACAUCGGCCGAGAGCACAUCAGGAGGGAUCAAAUCCAGGCGCAUGUAUUUCAGCACUGAUCUGCAGACAGCACAGAAGAAGUACUUCCGUUGGAAGAGAAUGAUGAAGAGGAAGAACCUGCGGUGCCCCAAGAUUAGACGGAACACCUCGGAUCUGGCUGUCUUUAAGGAAUUGAUGAUCUCAAAAGUGUACCAGCCCUUCAAGGGCAGUGGGGUGUUGGAUUGCUUCGUUGCCAAAGCCGGCGAUUCCCUUCUGGACGUCGGGGGCAACGUAGGGUUAGCUUGCUGGAGUUACUGGCAUUUUAACCAGGUCCGCAAAGGAGAUUGCUACGAGCCGUCGAGAGGAUGCAAAAGUGGAAUCACGAAGAAUUUGAAGGCCUUGAAUUUGAAUGGCUGUGCCUUCCAGUACCAUGACUGCGGAGUGGGCACAGAAAACGCGGAAGCUCCCUUUGUGGACACCACCAACUGCAGCAGAGGUGGUAGCAGUCGAUCUUCAUUGGCUGAGUUCGCUCGAAGAAUGCGGAAGGGAGCCGACACAUACACUGUCCAGAUCAAGUGUUUCCAGGACAUUCUGCAAGACCACACGGUGGUAAAAAUGGACUGCGAAGGAUCCGAGUUGAAGAUUCUGGCCACCGAGUGGCAUUGGAACAAAGUGCGGCUGCUGGCGGUGGAGAUUUCUGUGAUCCUUCUUCGGAAAGAGCAUCCCGAUGGAAGUGGAUGGACGCAGUUCAACGCCAUCCUGCACUGCUUGCGCAGAGGCGGUUUUACGCUUGCCAAGCUUGACCCCCGCGUGUUCAAGGUCGAGUACUGGAAUCCAAGCACUAAAGAGAGGUCUUUUCAGAGUGAUGCAAUCUGUUGGUUUGCGAGGACAACGUUGCCAGAUCCCACGCCGCCGAACAUGACGCAGUACACCAAGUGGUGGGAUUUCGACCGCCUGAUGAAAGAGUCAUUGAAGGUUCUUAGUGCGAAGAGAAAGGUGGUUUUUGGAAUCCCGCUGCACGGUGACAAGUCUCAGUGUCAGGCGCAGGUGAUUGUCGCUGUGGGGGUUGGCGUGUCAGCGGCUGCUCUUUCGAGGGGCUUGGAUUGCAAAACCGUUUGGCGGGACGGCGCGGAUUUUUGGGGCUGA